AUGGCCAGCAGAUCAACUUGGACUUUUCUAUUCGCAUUCGCUGCUUUGCACUCAUCGCUAGCAGCUCCCCCGGUGAACCGACAUCAGUUGAGAUUUGAGGUGACCAACGAACUCUUUCAACUGGUCACAGAUGCUUUGGAGGAGUUGAGAAAUGUUUUCCAACUGGUCAUCGACGAAGCCGAACUUAUUCUGCCGCCGAAUUCAAAGAGUCUCAUUCUCACGGAGCUCAAGGAAUUUGUUACGGUCUUGGAUUCACUGGAUUUCGAUGAUUCAUUCGAGCUGGACAAUCUGGAAGUCGCUAUCAUGGAAUUGGAAAGCAUAGUUGAAGCCGCGGACAGCAAAGAAUUCGAAUCUGAAGCCGACGAGGUUGUCGUCCAGCUGUUUAUCCAGCACGGAGUUGAAGACUUGGAGCAGGUUCUGGAGCGAAAUUUGGAAACUACUCUGAAAAUAAUCGAGCACAAGGUGGAGGAUUAUAUGAGCACAUGGUCCGACAGCCGAUUGGCCAGGAAUUCAGACUUGGUAAAACAGUUUAUGGACUUCAAGAACGAGAAGGAUGUGUAUGAGAAACUAGAUAAGUUGACAAAUUCUGAUUUCAUGUAAUUAUCAAUAAAUGUUCUUAAAAAC